AUGGGGUUUCAACUAGACUUAGCGGCUGCCGAAGACGCAGAUAUACUUGCACAAACGCAUCUGAACGCCUUCGCUCAAACGCCUUUGCAACGUAUUCUAUUUCCAACAGAAGAAAGCCUUGCAGGCUUACGUGAAUGCCUUAAACAGGAUGUCCUCCUAACUUUGAAAGAAGGAAACGUUGAGAGAAUCAACCUGGUAGUGCGAGACACCGAUGACAUGAAGAAAAUCAUUGCAAUAGCCAAGUGGGAUCUGCCUGAGAAGAUCUCACGGGCCGUUUGUCCUCUUGCUCAUAUAUUCCCUCCAAAGGAUGCCCGCGGGGACCUUAUCAAAGAGUACAGUGCUAAGCAGGAAUCUAAUAAGAUGAAGGUCAUGGGUGAUGCCCAAUGCUAUCGUCUCACCUCAGUCAUCACUCUGCCUCAAUAUAGGAGACGCGGAGCUGGAACUUUAUUGACUAAUUGGGGCCUGUUGAGAGGGGAGAAAGAAAAAAUUCCAGUAUACUUGGAAAGUCCCGUUUCUACUUUGUCCUUCUUUCAGAAUUUGGGCUUCAUCCCUGUGAAUGAGUUUUCAAUGUCCUUACCCCGGAAUCGAGCCCCUGCCUAUAUCCACAAAGAAUCAUGUAUGGUCCGAAUAUUUCGAGAAUGUGCUGUUAGAGAAGAAGAAAUGGACUACUGGGACUCAAGUCUCGAUAUUGAAAGUCUAAUGAUUGAUUACGAAGCUGGCAUCAGACCUCAACUUGUAGUGCAAGCUAUUUAUGACCGCAUCGAAGCAUAUCGAAAUAUACAGCCAUCUUUGUGGAUUCACCUUCAGCCCAUUGAAGAUGUUAUGGCUUCAGUCAGAGAUCUGUACAGGCGUUGGCCAGAUAGAUCCAAUAGGCCACCACUGUGGGGUGUACCUUUCAGUGUCAAGGAUAGCUUUGACAUUGCUGGGAUUCCCACCACGAUUGGAUGUCAAACACUGGCACACACUCCUAAAUCUUCAUCAUCAGUCUAUCGACGAUGUAUCGAUGCCGGUGCACUUUUUAUCGGAAAGACAAACAUGGAUCAACUAGCUACUGGCAUGACAGGUUGCAGAUCUCCAUUUGGCACGCUGCACUCAGUUCUUAGCCGAGAUUACGUUGUUGGUGGAUCGAGCAGCGGUAGUGCCAUAAGUGUUGCCAAAGGCUUAGUGUCAUUUUCUUUGGGCAGUGAUACCGCAGGCUCGAUUCGAAUUCCCGCAAUGUUUAACAAUAUUGUUGGAUUCAAACCUACCAAAGGAACUGUUUCAGCUCAGGGGGUUGCGCCAGCUUGUCUCCAUCAAGAUUGCGUUUCUUUUCUGGGUGUCACUUCAGAAGUCAUUGAAAAAGUUUGGAGGGUUUGUCAAGGAUUUGAUAAAGAAGACUGUUUUGCCAAGCCUCCAACAUUCCAGAUCUCAUCACGAGUAUAUUCUGAAGAUACCAGAGAUUCCAAGGAUGCCUUGCCAUCAUUCAAGUUUGGUACACCACCGGACUCUGCGCUUGAAAUUUGUAUCCCCGUCUUUCAAAAGCAGUUCAAACUUGCAAUUGCAGUACUGGAAGAGCUGGGCGGCCGGCGAGUGGAUAUAGACUGGACGCCCUUCGCAUCCGCCAACGAGCUUCUUUACGGCGGGACGUUCGUUCUGGAACGACUUACAACACUACCCGAUGGCUGGUUCGACAAGAACAAAGACAAGCUUCACCCAGUCAUUCGCUCUGUCUUCGAGAAUGCACUCGCACGUAAGAGCACAGCCAUUGAUGUAUUCAAAGAUCUGCAAAGGCAGGCAAAGUACAAAAGAAUGGUCGAAGACAUUCUCACGCUAGAUGAUGAUUCCCACGAAUUAACCGUCAUGGUAGUUCCCACUGCACCUUUUCACCCCACCAUUAAAGAAGUGUCGAAAGAUCCCAUUUGCAUUAAUGAAAAGCUUGGCGCCUUUGCUCAUUUUGCCAAUAUUCUGGACCUAGUAGCUGUAGCGCUUCCUUGCGGGACUUAUAGAGCUGAAAUGAGUGACACGGAAAUCUUGCCGUUUGGUAUUACACUCCUGGCGGGAACGGGACUGGAUCAACAUCUUCUGAAUCUGGUUAAGAGAUUAGAAGAUCCAUUGAGGAAUAUUGAAGACGAAUUAGGAUCAAACACCUCGCUGACAGAGGCCGAAGAAGAUUUAAUGAGAGCUUCUGAGGAAAAUGAUAAUUUGGACAAUACGGUGAGCGAUAUUGAGAAAGACACGACGGCAGAAGCUGAAGUAGAAACGAGGGAAGGUGUCGAGAAUGAUAGCAACUUGGAGGAAGUAUUGAGGAAAAUCGAAGACGAAAUGCUGAAAGCUCAUUCGGACAGUGAUGAAUUAGAGGAGAAGAUGAAAGCACAGAUGAAAACAUGA